ACGCGGCCCCGGAGCGGCGGCUCCCGGUGGUCCCGCAGCGAGGAGGGGGUCGGGGGGGGCCGGGAGCCGAGGGGCUGGGGUCCGGGAGCUCCCGCGGGGCCGGGGGUCCCGGCCAUGAAGAGGAUGUUCUCCUGCUCCAGCUCGCAAGUGACGAUGGAGAGCUGGACGCGGCAGGACCAGAAGCUCCUGGAGGCGGUGACACGCGGGGACGUGGCCCGGGUGGCCGCGCUGGCCGCCCGCAAGGCCGCCCGCCCCGCCAAGCUCAACGCCAGGGGACAGUCCGCGCUCCACCUGGCCGCGGCCGGGGGUCUCACCGAGUGCCUGACGCUGCUGCUGGAGCACGGGGCUCCAGUCAAUGAGAGCAACGAUGACGGCAGCACCGCCCUGCACUUGGCCACCAUCGCCUGCCAGCCGCAGUGUGUGAAGGUGCUGCUGCAGCACGGAGCCAACGAGCGCCACGUGGACGGGCAGAACCGGACACCGCUGCACUGGGCCGCCUCCUCGGGCUGUGCCUCCAGCGUCCUCCUGCUCUGCGACCACGAGGCCCCGCUGGAUGUCCCCGACGCUCACGGCCAGACCCCCCUGAUGCUGGCAGCACAGGGGAACCACGUGGCUGUUUGUGCCCAGCUCCUGCGGCGUGGGGCCGAGCCCGGGCUGGCCGACAGGGAUGGCAGGACGGCAUUGGAGCUGGCCCUGGCUCACGGCAGCCUGGAGGUGGCAGAGCUGCUGCAGGGCCACAAGAGGGACAAGGACACCGGGAAUGUCACCAGGAAUGUCACCGGGGAGGCCCCGAGCUGGGCUCUCCAGAAGGUCCCAAGGAGAGAGAAUGGUGCUGGACAGGUGGGAAUCCAGGGCGAGGAGGAGGAGGAGGAAGAGGAGCAGCGGGACGGACGCGCUGCCCGGCGGCUGCGGGAGGAGCUGGCGAGGAAGACUCUGGAAUGCCGGCGGCUGGAGGAAGCUGCCGAGGGCAUCCGGCGGCGGCUGCGGGAGCUCGUGCGGCUCCUGCCGGGACGGGACGCGGGUGAGGAUGAGGAGGAUGAGGAGGAUGACGGCGCCUGCCUGGAGCUCCUGGCCCGGCGCGUGGCGGAGCUGAGGAAGAGGACGAGGGACGAAGAGUGGGAAGGAGGACACGGCAGCGCCGAGGCUCCGGCGCUGAUCCCGUUCCUGGCCUGGCUGGGAGAGGAGUGCUCCAAAAUGCGGGAAGCGAAGGCCGGAGCCCUGUCCCGGGGCCGGGAGCUGCGUGGGGAAGCAGAGCGUUCCCUCCGGGCCGAGCCCGCCUGGGAGCAGCUGGCGGCGGGGCUGGAGCAGGCGCUGGAGCAGCAGGACCAGAUCCACGCCAGGAUGCUGCAGGGAUCCCAAAUCCUGCUGGAAAAGCUCCGCCGGUGCUCGGUGAACGGCACGGAGCCUGCUCCGGGCGGGAAGCACCGGGAGGAGAUCCCGAGGGAGGGCGGGAGGAUGGAGAAGGAGCUGCUGGAGCUGCGGGAGGGCAACGGGAAGCUCCUGGUGGAGCUGGCGCGGCUGGGCCGGGAGCGGGAGCGGCUGCAGCAGGAGCUGCGGGAGCUGCGGGAUCCCGGCAAGCGGGACGAGGCGUGGCGGCUGCGCCGGGAGCUGCGGGAGCUGCGGGACGGGCUGGGAGCGCGGGUGCGGGAGGCGGGCGGCGACGCCGGGGCCGGGAUUCUCCGGGAUUUACACCGGCGGCUGGACGCGCUGGUGCGGUCCCAGCACGAGGCCCUGCAGCUCAUCACGGAGAUGGAGGGAGAGGCCGGAGAAACCCCCGGGAGCGACGGGGAGGGCGGGAUACCGGGAGAACCGGGAGCGGCGCAGGGCCCGGAGAGCGGCACCGCCGGUGUCCCGCCGGGCUCGGAGGUGGAGCGGUGGCGGGAGGCGGCGGCGGCGGCCGAGGAGCAGGCGGCCGGGCGGGAACGGGAGCUGCGGGAGCUGCGGGAGACGGCGGAGGGGCUGGAGAGGAGCCUGGCAGUGCUGCGGGAGCGCGCGGCUCGGCUGGAGCGCGCCUGCCGGGACAAGGACGGGAAGCUGAAGCAGCUGCUGGUGGAGACAGAGAAACUCUCGGCCGAGGUGUUGGGGCUGCGGGGCCGGAGCGCCCGGCUCCAGCUGCAGCUGGAGGUCCAGCAGAAGCAGCACCGGGACACCGUGGCCGUGUACCGGAGCCACCUCCUCCAGGCUGCCCAGGGAUUCAUGGACGAGGGCGUCCACGCCGCGCUGCUGCGGAUCCUGCGGGCCGAGGCGGCAGCGGGGCCGUGGCAUUAAAGCGGGAAACUGCGACACACA